AAAUUUUUAGAUAAUUUUUUAGAAGUUUUUGUUUCAUAUUUUCAUCUAAACGAGAAACAUACCUUUGAUGAAGAGCGCUCCUUGAAACUUUGUUUAUUGUGUCACGUGUUGUUUUAUCAUGUGAUAGAGUUGGAGUGGCAUGAAAUUCAAGCGCGUGUUACACUGGUUAAUUUGUAUGCAGUUGAUAGCAAGGCCUGUAUUUAUCGAACCAACGUAAUAAUUUAAUAUUUUGAUGGCAAACUCGGUUUCACCAUCUAUCAAGCAUGAACAUUUGUAUAAGAUUUUGGUCAUUGGAGAGUUAGGAACAGGAAAAACAAGUAUCAUAAAGCGUUAUGUUCACCAGUUUUUCUCUCAAAAUUAUAGAGCUACUAUUGGUGUUGAUUUUGCUCUAAAAGUUUUGAACUGGGAUGCUAAUACAUUAAUACGUUUACAGUUAUGGGAUAUAGCAGGUCAAGAAAGGUUUGGAAACAUGACAAGAGUCUACUACAAGGAAGCUGUCGGUGCUUUUAUUGUAUUUGAUACAAAUAGGUCAGCGACAUUUGAUGCUGUCAUGAGGUGGAAAAAUGAUUUAGAUUCAAAAGUGAGCCUUCCAGAUGGCAGCAAAAUUCCUUGUGUUCUCUUAGCAAAUAAGUGUGAUCUGCCUCCAGAAGGUCCUGUUUCAAAUCCAGCUGCAAUGGAUGAAUUUUGUAAAGAAAAAGGUUUUUCUGGUUGGUUUUUGACCUCAGCAAAAGAUAAUAUUAAUGUUGAUGAAGCAGCUAGGUUUUUAGUUCGGAAGAUACUUGAAAGUCAAGAUUCGAUUAUAGCAGAUGAGCAAUAUAAUGACACAACAGUUCUCUCAGAAUAUCACCUACCAGUGGGCCAGCCAGCACACAAGAAAUUAUGUUGCUGACAUAUUUAUGUAAAUACUUGAUGCCCAUACCAGAUUUACAGCUAUAUUCCCAGUGCCUGACUUGUUCCAAACAAGGAAACAUUUCGCAAUCUAAUUUAGUUGCAUUUUGCCGAUUUUAAUUAUUUAAGUUUUUUAAAAUUUUGUGUGUAAACUAUUUUGUAUAGUUAUGUAGUAAGAGUUAACUGUGUUUUAUCUGUAUAGGUUGUUUCUGUUAUAGGUUUAGACUGUAUUUUAUAAUUUAGUUUUUUAAAACUAUACUCUUAUACUGCCUAUGCUCUAUAAAUAGAUUGUUUACUUUUGCUAAUUUUUAUAUCAAAAUCAAUUUUUUAUUGCCAUAUUUAUAUACUUAAUUUUUAUAAUUUCGUUUAUGUUUAUGUUUAAUACAUUUCUGAAUUCUAAAGUACACCAUUUGUAAAGCUGAAUUUAAAAGUGCCAAUGAUUUUGAUGGAAUUAUUUAUUUUAUGAAAUAAAAUGUAAAUAGCAUAACAUGAUUGGGGGGAUGCACUGCUGUUAAAUAUUCCUUUGUGAAAUUUAAAAUAAUGUAUUUUAUUAUUUUAUUCCCUGUGAAAAACCAUAUUGUGUUUCAAAUAAAAUUAAUUGACACUA